AUGCGCUCCUCCGCCGUCCUCUUCCUCGCCGCCGCCGGCCUCGUCGCCGCUCAGGAGACCGUCGACACCACGACCGUCACCGUCUCCGCCGAGACUGCCACCGUCACGGCGUCCGAGUCCGAGACGACCCUGACCUGGGAGGUGGAUACCACCACCAUCUGGUCCGGCACUGAGACCGAGACCGUCUGGGUCCAGCCCGGCGGCGACGACGCCAGCGAGACCGAGACCGAGGCCACCGCCACCGAGACCGAGACGGUCACCGUUCCCGUCGUCGUCGUGCCCAGCGGCGAGGACGGUGAGACCGCCACCUCCACCUGGUACGAGGAGUCCUCGACCAUCACCCUCGUGCCCGUCGAGACGACCUCCUUCGUCAUUGUCUACAACGACAUUAGCUCCGCCACCACUGUGACCACCACCCUCUACACCCCCGCCCCCAACGCCACGGCUUCCGGCAUCGAGACCGUCCCCACCGCCGGUGCCGGCCGCAUCGGUGCCUCGGGCGCCGCUCUCGUCGCCUUUGGUGCGGCCGGUCUCGCCUUGCUGUAA